CCCCGCUACCGGCUACUAAAAAAACAGUUCCACCCAGGUCCCUAUUCCCCCCGUAGCGUCAGUGUGUGGAGACGACCAUGCAGUAAUACAUCCAGGAACGGGACGCUUUAAAAAACAGUCAGCUGGCUUUUAAUUCGGGGUUUCAAUGUGAUGCCAGUUUAACUGAAACGGUGGUUUUAUUUUAUAUAAAGCAGAAGCCCGUGUGUAGGUCAGAUGGAGAAUCCCGAGGACUCGGCGUUUCAGAUCAGUUCCACGGUGCGGGCUCUGAGCUCCGCGCUGCGGGGAGAGUCACGCAGCGCGGCCGGCUCGGAGGCUCCGGUGGUCGGCGUGAGCAGCUCCAGCGUCCGGGGUGGGUGCCCGUGGUUCAAGGAAAGCAGCGCUAAAAACCUCCGGAGCAGAGACUUCAUCGCGCCUUCCGCGGUGCUCAACAAACUGUUCCCGGAAGGGCAGGUCCCGGAGGAGGCGGUACAGGAAGUGAUGUCGGUGCAGGACGGGGGGGUGCUUCCUGUGCAGAGUUGCGUGCGGGGACGGUCUGGGCUGCAGGUUCUGGUGGACCGGCCCGCGGUGUUCCGGAAGGUUCUGGACGAGUUCCCACGGUACCUGAGGCCCGGCCGGCCACGAGCAGGGGAGGGGAGGGGGGUGCUGCUGAACUGCACCGCCCUGCAGGGGGCUCCGGCGAGGCCAGAGGAGCUCACACUGAGUCAUCUGAGAGCCCUGCUUAUUACAGACCAUCUGGCAGAACUGCUGCGGAUGCAGGGGUACUCUGUGUCCCUGAGCCCGGCGCUGGAGGAGUGCAGUGACAUCAUCACCUUCCUCCACCAGCUGGGAGUGGAUUGGCCGACGGUGCCAGCUGGCUGGUCCAAUAGGGAGCGAGAGGCGGAACUUUGGGAGGCUCUGAGGAGUUCAGUAUACACAGAGAGAGAAGAGAGGGAGACAGGGAUGGAGAGAAGAGAGGAGAGGCAGACAGGGAGGGGAACAAGGGAAGGGGAGGAAGAGGCACAGGCUGUCAAAGAGGCAGGGGGAGGGAGAGAGGUUAGCAGAGAGACAGAGAGGGAGACCAGGGGGGAGGGUGCUGAGGAGGCAGGGGGAGGGAGAGAGGUUAGCAGAGAGACAGAGAGGGAGACCAGGGGGGAGGGUGCUGAGGAGGCAGGGGGAGGGAGAGAGGUUAGCAGAGAGACAGAGAGGGAGACCAGGGGGGAGGGUGCUGAGGAGGCAGGGGGAGGGAGAGAGGUUAGCAGAGAGACAGAGAUGGAGUCCAGGGGGGAGGGUGCUGAGGAGGCAGGAGGAGAGGCACGGAAGCAGUUUGGCAGCGCGGCCCAGGUUCGAGUGGAUCUCGGCAGGCUGGUGAAGGAGAGAGGGCUGCUGGGCUUCGACCCCAACCUGGGAUCCUGCCUGGUGCAGGAGCGAUGUGUUGCUCACCUGGCUGAGCUGCAGGGGGCGCUGUCUCGCUGUGAGGCCGGCCUCUGCACUGCACUGCAUGUGGUUUGCUGUGAGGACGAGUUUCAGCUGCAGCAGACUGACCUUCUGUGGAGGAUCGCAGGGCUGGGAGGCAAGAUUGUUCAGAGGCACCUGGUGGUGGGCCCGGUGACGGCCACGGGUUUGGGGUCCAGGACCAGCACCUCCCAGUACCUCCAACUGCGUGGAGCUCAGAUGAGAGACGCCUCCGUCAUGAAGUACGGACCUCAGGUGAACGGAGAUUCCUGGAAUGACAUCAUCAAGGUCAUGACCCUGGCCGCAGUGCGCUUUGAGCUGCUGACCACCGCACACCGCUGUCCGGUGUCCCUUGACCUCAGGAAGGAGUCCAGUGUCUCCACGAAAGGCUCUCGCAGCGGCGUGUUUGUGAUGUAUAACUGCGCGAGGCUCUCCAUGCUGUUCCAGAGCUACCAGGCCUCCGUGCAGCAAGGGCUCUACCCCGAGUUUCCAGAGGCUUCCCAGCUCCAGGUCGCUGCUCUCAGGGAAGAGGGGGAGUGGCAGCUGCUCUUCAAUUACAUCAUCCCCUUCGGAGAGCUCCUCGACCAAUCAGGGCAGACCCUGCGCUCGUCCACGGGGGUGCGCAUCACGCUGGGCACGGAGGCGGUGUGUAAGUUCCUGGUUUCUCUCAGCAUGGACUUCAGCUCCUAUUACAACAGAGUGCACAUCCUGGGGGAGCCCCUGCCUCACCUCUUCAGCCAGAUGUUCGCUCGGCUACAGCUGAUGAGGGGCGUGAAGGAGCUGCUCCACUGUGCUCUGAGCACCCUGCACAUCCCCCCCCUGCACCAGAUCUAGAGACACCUCCUCACCCAGACCUGCACACCCCCCUGCACCAGAUCUAGAGACACCUCCU